AGAAGCAAUUGAAUUUAUAACAUCUUGCCGUGGGAAUCCCAUGAUUCGUAUUGGCAACCACCACUUCAGCCAGGCCAAAGAUGCAAGAUGUCCGAAGACUCUAAGGACGCGCUGGGUUUGCACGAAGAAAAACGGCGGGUGUCGUGCCUCUAUCAUCACCAUAGACCGACAUGUCAUUAAAUAUGAAGCUGAAUUUAUAACUUCGCGACGGGGUAACACCAUGAUCCGCCUCGGUGGAUACCACUUCAGCCUUACUAAAGGCGAAGGACCGAAGAAACGGUGGAUAUGCACUAAGCGGUAUGCAGGGUGUCGCGCCUUCCUCGUGACCAUUGACGGUGUUAUCGCCAAACGUAAAAAUGUACAUAAACAUCAAAAAUUAUAGUAUUGUGUAAAAUGUUCGUAUAAUUUUCUAAUAAAUGUUUCUUAUGGCGCCAAUUACUACAGUUAUUUAUUCUAAGAUGUUUGACUCAUACAGAUUCUUUUAAAUAAUAAUCAACUUUUACAAAAAGGACGGCAACGUACUCGUACGUAACGCCCCCGGGCCUGCGGGUAUCUUCUAUGGGCGAUGGUAAUCAUUUACCAUUUGUCCCAUAAAAACAUGUUUUAGAAGACAUUGAUUUUAAACCAUCUAGUCUUGCUGAGGAAAUCCUAAUCCUAUGAUUCAUAUUGGCAACCACCAUUGCAGUCAAUACAUGGCGAUAUUUUGUAUUUUAAGUAUUCAAGACGGCAUUUGAUUAGUGUUAAUAUGUUGUUAAUAAAAAACUAAGUUUUGUUUUUUAUGCUGCACUAAAUAAUUAAUUUAUGUGCAGUUAAUGCGACAUUUUGGGCCAGAAUGGAAUUCAUUCGUUAUGUAUGC